AUGCAUUCCUCUUACCUUACACGACGCGUUUUCCGGGCCCUCCUCAACAAUGAGCCCGUGUGUUUUUCACCUCGACACUGUCGAGUCUACUCGUCGUCGAUGCUCUAUCAUCCUCGGAGAGCAUGCAACAACACCAAAUAUGGCCAGUCGCGGACGUUCUUUUCCUUGCCCUCUACUACGAAAACCCCGGAAGUGCCAAGCUCCGAAGUUGGACUACAAACCAUGAGCGAACUGUCCAAAGCGAAGAUCACUAAUGGCAGAGCACCGCCAUUCAAUGCUCUCUGCAAAGCAUACCAAAAGUUCUUUGAGGCGAGGGCAGAAGAACCUGGGAUAAUAACGGAGUUUCAUGCCAAGCAACUUGUCACCACUUAUGGCUAUCUUCGAAUGCACAAAGGAGAUGAAGACGCCGAUAGCAAGGAAUUCGAAAUAAUCGAGUCGAAGGAGUUCAUGGAACUCACUCUCUACGUUCUCUCGCAAGCAAACUGUCACAGUAGUUCUCACCAAGAUAUUCGUCGAUUAGCAAACAAUGCCUAUCGUGUUUUAUCUACCGCAGCUAGAGACGAGGCAGGUGACAUUAGCAGUGGCGCUUUUCUCGCCUGGAUCCGUAUCAACGCAUUUUACGGCAAUCCCUACCAGGCACGAACCGCACUUGUGAAGGAGUGGCCCAAGGUACAACAAUGGCCUGACCUUGAGGACCAGGGUUCCCCUUGGCUCUGGAUACUGCACGGAAUGGCUCUAGAAAAGGAUGCAACUGAACUCGUGCAAGCGGUAGAAGACUGGCACCUAGGUGGAUUUUUCAGUCUUACUCCACAGCAACAUCAAGAAUUGGUAAUUACGCUCCUUGGGCAGGGGCAACUCGAUGCUGCUAAAGUCAUGCAUGACUGUCCUAUACCCGGAGGAGAGCCGACAAUUAUUGCUACAAGUGCCAUUACAAGAGCAUGUCUUCUCAGUGGUGACAAGGCUGGAGCAGACGAGAUUUUCAGUCGGCUGACAAUCUAUUCCCCAAGUGCGGAGACUCGAGAUAUCCUUUUGUUGAUGGCUGCUGCAAGUGGCAAAGAUGUACAUGCCAUGGCUCGUGACUUCAAUAAUUGGUGCUUGGAAGAUCCCUCCGUUCGUGAAGGACUUUCUAUAUCUUGUGUAAACGAUCUCAUUCGGUACGCAUAUGUGAUUGAAAACAAAAAGCUUGCCGUCGACUAUUCCACUUUGAUUUCUACAUGGGGCUUAGAGUCAGAUUCGGAAACUCGACUUCUCCUUGAAUUAGAACCGCGAAUCCAGGACCCAGACAUCGAUGGUACAAUCAGAGCAUUGAAUGAACUUGAAGAAGGCGAUGUUUCCGCAAAUAUUGCUUUGCGCAUGAGAUACCGACUUAUCAAAAUGUUAUGCUCAGUUCCAAACAAUGACGAUGCCUUUGAACAAGUCUCCAAGUUAUUGGAUCCACUACUCCGGGAUGGGAUACAGCUUGAGCCAGAAAUACUGACUGUCUUGACUCGCGCACUGGCUUAUCGUCAUGACUGGGAAGCGCUUUCCCAAUUGUUGCGGCCUCGUAUAGGCUCCUAUUCUAUGCGCAAUGAGCGACCAUUGAUUCAAAAUGCUUUGUUGGAUUUCAUUCGUGACGAGGAACAAGAAAAAGAGGAGGUUUGGGAGGCAUAUGACCUUGCGAGGAUCGCCUUCCCUGAAAUUUCUGCCGAACACAGAAUUGAAAUAAUAGACAUUUUCUUCAAUCGUGGAAUGGCCGAGGAAGCAUGUCAAGUCUUUGGUCAUAUGCGACACGCCCCGACACCAGCGCAGCGUCCAACACCCCAAGCAUACAUAACAUGCUUCCUUGGUCUUGCACGAGCAACCGCUUGGGACAACACCAAGCUUAUCCGCAAUAUGCUCAAACUCGACGUUAACAUGGAACUAGACACGCGGGUUCGAAAUGCAGUCAUGCUUGCACUCGCUGCAUGCGAACGAUCGGAGGAAGCCAUGGACGAAUUCAAAGAAAUUCUCCGUUCAGACGAAGGGCCCUCGCAAAACACAUUAAUCAUCUUCUUUAAGGUUUGCGAAUCGGAUCCCAAUGGUAUUGUGGAGGCGAAUAAGAUGCUUGCCAAGAUCACCGCAUUGGAGAUUCCGCUCGAUCGACAGAUGUAUCUCGCUUAUAUCAAAGCUCUUGCAGCCCAGGGCGAGCGAGAAUUCAUUAUUGAAGCUUUGAACAAGACGGAGGAGAAAAUCGGCCAACAGCCUGACAAAGACAUGAUCGUUAGAAUAUACAACGUCUGCGCGCACGAACACGCGAAAGAAGGAGUCGAAGAAUGGACCAAAGAACAUCACCCGUCUAUUUGGCAAGAGCUGGAAAAUGUUCCUCGAACCGAGACAGAAGCAGGCACUCAUCUUGAGGGGUUUGAGGACGAUUUUAAUGCAUUAUUGUAA